GAACACUGCCCCUUUUCACAAACUGUUUUCAGAUGACAUAUGCGCAGUGGAGUUCCCUGUUCAUAGUGCGCCAUUUUGUGACAGUAGGCCGCUUGUUUCGUGCAAGAGAUUAGUUAACCUGUGCUUGCAAACAAAAUAACGUUUUCUCAGUGUAAUCAUGGCUGAAAACUAUUCGACGGGGGAAGCAGGGGGCGUUGAGAUUCCUGAGGGAGCAAUUCGUAAAUUGUCGGAGCUGAGAGUCAUUGACUUGAAAGCAGAAUUAAAAAGACGAAAUCUGGACGCCACUGGCAUCAAGAGUACGCUGACAGAGAGACUGAAAAAGGCGAUUGAAGAAGAGGGUGGAAACCCAGAUGAGAUGGUGGUUGUUCUCGAUGCAACUCCUAAGGCGGCACUGGCUAAACGGACCUCCAAAGGGAAAAGACCAGAGAACGAUGAAUCAGAGGACUGCACCAUUGAGGAAGAUUCAGGUGAUGGCCAGGAUGACAACAUGCAGGACAUGGACAUCCUGGAUAUGAAUGUGCUUGAUGAGGCUGAGAAUGACAACAGUAUGCCGGCAGAGGAGGAGUAUGACACAGAUGAAGUCCUGAACUCUCCUUCAGAUGAAGUCAACACCGAGAUCCUGGCUGACGAAGAGGCCAUGAAUGAAGAUGAACGCGAACGCAAUGGAAUCUCUGGCUCUCUUGAGCUGAUGCGUGAAGCCAAACCUGAAGAGGUUCAAGAGAAGGAUCCGAAGCCCAAAGACUCAAAGGAAGAAAUAGAAACUGAUAAAGUAGCCGGGUCUUGUUUAUCUGAGCCGCUAAAUGAAGAGCGCCAGGAGCCACCGACAGAAGAUCAAGCCACCAUCGGGGACAAGGUCAAUGUUGCCGAGGAAGACAAUUUGGAGCCUGAACUGUCGACUAGCGACAUGGACGUUGCUAAGCUAACUGCGAGUGAAAUGAAAGACACUGGCGACAAACAAAAUGUUCCCGACGAGGCAGAUGACGCUGAAAGCGAGUGCGCUCAGGCUGUUAGCGUAAGCGAGCAGGGCGCGGGUGAAACCGAAAGCGCUGUUGAUUCGGAAAUGGUCUCUAAGGCUGAGGGUGAGGAGAAGACUGAAGAGAAUGCUGCAGAAUCAACGACAGUGAAAGAGUCCUCUUCUGUUGAGGGUGAUGAUCAGAAAAAGAGUUCUGAUGAGGAAAAGGGUAGCAAGCCUGACUCAAAAGAUGAAAAGGGCCCUGCAGGUAGUGCUCCAGCUAGUAGUGGCAGAAACCUGUGGGUUAGUGGCCUCUCCUCCAACACCAGAGCAACUGAUCUAAAGACUCUGUUCAGCAAGCACGGAAAGGUCGUUGGCGCUAAAGUGGUGACUAAUGCCCGGAGCCCCGGGGCUCGCUGCUAUGGUUUUGUCACCAUGUGUUCCACAGAGGAGGCCACCAAGUGUAUCAGCCACCUGAACAGGACCGAGCUCCAUGGUAGAAUGAUCUCUGUGGAGAGGGCUAAGAACGAGCCUGCUGGCAAGAAGCCUGCUGACAAGAGCGAUGCUAAGUCUGGCACCGACAGGAGACACUCCUCAGACUCCAAGUCCGAUGCCAACAAGGAUGAAAUGGCUGAAGGUGAAGUCGGAAAAGAUGGCAAACGUAAUGAGAGGACAGUGGUGAUGGACAAGUCCAAGGGAGAGCCUGUCAUCAGCGUGAAAGCCAAAAGCAAAGACCGGAGCUCCAAGAGUCGCGACCGCAAGUCCCCAAGCAAAGAGAAGGACAUCCUGUCGUUUGACCAGAUCAAGGAGCAGCGUGAGCGCGAGAGACGGAGGCAGCGGGAGAGGGAGGUCAGGGAGGUGGACAGACGCAGGCCCUCUGGGGAGCGCGGCAGUGGCCCAGACCGUGGCAGCGUGGACAACCGCACAGAGCGUGAGCGUAUCCGCCUGUUCCGGGAGAAGGAGGAGCGCGAGCGCCUCCUGCGGAAAAGGAACUGGCUAGAGGUGGAGAAGGAGCGGCUGAACUUUGACCGCAUGGAGCGCGAGUUCCUGGAGCGCGAGCGUCAGCGUGUGGAGUACGAGCGCCGGCGUGAGCAGGAGAGGAUCCAGCGGGAGAGGGAUGAGCUCCGCAGGCAGCAGGAGCAGCUGCGCUUCGAGCAGGACCGCCGCCCCCUCAAGAGGCCCUACUCCGACCUGGACAACAGACCUGCUGCUUGUAGGAAAGACGACUGGCAGGACAAGAGGCUGGCUAUGGAUGACCGCUAUGGGGGGCGCUCAGACUUCGGUCGCCAGGAGCGCUACCAAGACAUUGACCACAGGGACCGCGGUCGCUACCAGGACGAUGCCGUCAUUGACAGGAGGGACACUUCACGGGCUGUAGUUGCAGACAGGGAUAGCACGCACUUCUCGGACCGUACCGAGAGGCACGGGAGGGACACCUGGACCGCAGCAGGAAGUUAUGACAAGCGUACUAUUAAUCCAAGGGAGGGCCGUGACUGGGACAGAACCUGGCAAACCGGUCGAGACGGGGGCAUCCCAGGCCAAAGUCACAUGGGGGCACGGGGAGGAAUGGCGAGUCGUGGAGGAGGCUACAUGACAACCGGGACCUCCCAGUCCCUCUCUGGAGCUCUGAAUCGUCAGAAUCAGAUGAUGCAGGGUGGCGGGGCCUUCGGUCGCCGCUACUGAGGUCUGAACACCCUUGUUCCCAGUCACAUGUUUAGAUGUAUUGUGAAACUGUCUGCAGCAUGUAUAUUGCUCACAAAAGCUUUGUGAAUUCGAUGUUGCUUUUAUAGACCCUUUGACUUUUCUUCCUCCUUUUAAAAUUUAAGAUUGCAAUUGAAUUUAACUGAACAUCUGAGUUUUAAAUGUCUGAUCAGAUCAUUCAUAGUUUUUUCACUCUGAAUUACCUUUUUUUUUUUCAAAUAGAAAAUUGAUAAAUUCUGUUCAAUUUGUGUGUUUUGUAUGUGGUUGAAUCUCGGUAAGAAAUGCUCAGGAAUGCGUCUGCUUAAACUUGGUUGCGGAAAAGUAUGAACACAAUGGUUAUGAUUGCAUUUCAGGCUUAAUUUCAAUUACUGUCAAAUGUGGCAUUGUCUUAGUGGUAAUGUACAAAUCUUUUAAGAAUUUGUAUUGGAUAGUAGUAAACGAUUAACUGUGUUUGAUUCAACUGCAGUUGUACAAUACCACCACUGGAUGGCACCAGAUGGCUAUUUUCUGUGAGAUGAAAAUGCUGCCUAAUAAAGUUUUCUUUUUGCAGGCCAAGGGCAAACAUUUUUAUUUACUUUCUCGUCAUGAUUGUUUUUAAGAGCAAUGUUUUGCAAUCAAAUAUUACUAACACAGGUUUGGUUUGUGGUAGAUAACUCUCCACAAAUCAAAAAGAAUUAGACCCAAGAGCUCUGGGCUCUUCAUGCAACCAGAGACAUAAGUACAUUAAUCAUCUUGCCCUAGUGAAAUGUGUUAUGUGGGUAUUUUCACCUACAUACUUGUAGGCUACAUGUUUGGAGUGUUACAUUUUUUUUGUGACCAUCUUUUCAUAAUGAGCUUAAGAGUGUUAAAAUAACCUGAUUAGUUUGGCAUGAUUGUUGUCUAUCUACUCCAUAGGGCCUAGGCCACACUGAUGUAAACAGUUGUUUAAAAUUGACGUUUUGUUUAAUCUACUCGAUUUUCUCCUAACCUACCAGCAGUUUUCCCCUCUAGCAGCCUGCCAUAAUCUUUGGUGUCUAUCUUGCCCAGCUCAGAGAUUAAAGAUUAAUCUUUGGUCCAGUCAUAGAAUUAGCAUACUAUGAUAGACAUGAACCUUAAGGUCAGCCAUCUUGGUCAGGGAGUUGGACAGACAAGUUGUAAAUGCAACAAGUACUGAUAUUGUAUCAUAAUAGCGUUCAGUGUUCCAAGAAAAACAUUUAGACAUUUACUGGCUGUUUGUGUAUUUUAGAGGCUAUUCAUAUAGAAAUUGUAUUUAUAGUGACAGUAUUUUGGGUAGACAGUGUAAUAAUUAUCACAUGCG